AUGCGUAUGCUCUCGCUAUAUCUUGGCGUAGUCGCUGCCAUUGCUCAGGUAGUCACUUCUUCACCAGCUCGCCUCGAUGAUGGGCCUCUAGUAAAGACUGCCGGCGAUGCUGCUGCCAUUAAGGGCUGGUAUAUGCAGUCGACGGCGAAGACUUCCAGUGACAUGCUUGCUGUGUCACAGCCUGGCUUUGACGUGAGCUCCUGGUACCGUGUUGGUAGCCGUGGAACUGUCAUGGCCGGGCUCCUCGAGAACAAUGUCUACAAUGACAAAGAUCUGUUUUUUUCCGAGAACUUGAAGACUAUGGUAGACCGUUCCCAGUUCGACGUACCUUGGCUCUACCGCGAAGAGCUCACCUUCGACCCGGCGACUAACCAGCGAUACUUCCUCGAGACGCACGGAAUAUCCUCUAAGGCAGACCUCUACCUGAACGGGAAACAGCUUGCCUCCAAGGAAACUCUCACGGGCGCGUAUGGUGGCGAGAAAUUCGACAUUACCCAGUAUCUGCUGAAGGGAAAGAACGCUGUCCUAAUCGGCGCAUAUCCAACCAAUUAUCUCAAGGAUUUUGCCCUAGGUUACGUUGAUUGGAACCCAUACCCACCGGACAAUGGGACGGGUGUCUGGCGUGAAGUUUUUGUAUCACAGACCGGCCCAGUGUCACUAUUGAAGCCCCGCGUUGUGACUGACUACAAAGGCAAAGCCGUCAGCAGCGUAACAGCUACUAUCAAGAUUGUCGUCAAGAACAGCGGGACCAAAUCGGUCCAGGGGACGCUUAAAGGUUCAAUCACAGAACCUAGUGGCGCAACAAUUCCCGUCUCCGCUUCUUACACUCUCAAUGCCAACGAAAGCAAGACAGUCACACUGACAGCCAAGAUCAACAACCCUCAGAUCUGGUGGCCGAAAACAUGGGGUGCGCAACCGCUCUAUUCGCUCAAUCUUGCCGCCUAUAUCGGAUCAGAGGUCUCCGACCGCGCUGCCCAACGCACGUUCGGCGUCCGCUAUGUGACCUCCUCCCUCAACUCCCACGAAGACCGUGCCUUUGCGGUGAACGGAAACCCUUUUCUUGUUACCGGGGCCGGAUACUCCGCUGAGGUGUUCCUGCGUUUCGACCCAGCCAAGCUUGUGCAGCAGUUCGAGUAUAUCCUCGAUAUGGGCCAGAAUACCGUGCGUCUCGAGGGAAAGCAGGAGCACCCUGAGCUCUAUGAUAUCGCCGACCGCAUGGGUAUCAUGGUGCUCGCUGGGUGGGAGUGCUGUGAUAAGUGGGAGGGUUGGAGUUAUAACGAUGAGGCGAAUGGGAUUAAAUGGGUUGACGCUGAUUAUGUUACUGCGGAAAAUCAGAUGGAGCAUGAGGCGUAUAUGAUGCAAGGUCAUGCUAGCUUGCUCGGUUUCCUUGUGGGCAGUGACUUCUGGCCUGAUGAGCGCGCAUCGCCUAUCUAUGUCAACAAGCUGAACGAGCUUGAUUGGGAUGUUCCUAUCAUUGCUUCUGCGUCUCUCAGAGGAUUUCCAAAGAACUUGGGUUCCUCUGGUAUGAAGAUGGACGGCCCAUACGACUGGGUUCCCCCAAAUUACUGGUACGACAGCCAAUAUGGUGCCGCCUUUGGUUUCGGAUCCGAACUUGGCUCCGGAGUUGGCACCCCCGAGCUCUCCUCCCUCAAAAAGUUCCUCACCGCGUCCGACAUGAACGACCUCUGGACCGCUCCCAACAAAGGUCUUUAUCACAUGUCAACCAUCGACUCCUCCUUCUACAACCGCAAAAUCUACAACGACGCCCUUUACGCCCGCUACGGCGCCCCCACCUCCCUCGAUGACUACCUCCUCAAGGCCCAAGCCAUGGACUAUGAAGCCACGCGCGCCGAAUUCGAAGGCUACUCCGCGCUCCAGAGUGCCAGCCGCCCCUCCACGGGUAUCAUCUACUGGAUGCUCAAUAACGCCUGGCCCAGUCUCCACUGGAACCUGUUCGACUACUAUCUCAAGCCUGCUGGGUCGUACUUCGGCGCGAAAGUCGGCGGAAGGGCGGAGCACGUUGCGUUCGGAUAUGGCAGCGCGAAGGGCGAUGUGUGGCUUAUUAACCACACGAUUGAUAAGAAGGGGUCAAGGACCAUUAAAGUUGACUUAUUGAGCAAAGAUGGCAAGACCUUGGUUUUGCGCUCGGUGGACACGACAACAACGCCCAACCACUCGCAGAAAGUCGCGACAAUCCCAGAAGCAACAACUCUCAAGGAGGCUGCCUUCCUGCGCCUUGUGCUGAGUGAUGCCGAAGGCAGAAUGCUGAGCAGGAACGUGUAUUGGCUCUCGCCCAAGGUGGAUAAAUUGGACUGGAAAAGCUCGGACUGGUUCUACACCCCCGUCACGGAGUUCGCGAGUUACAAGUCACUCGCGACAAUCAAGCCGGCGCAAUUGACCGCCUCGUCAGGGAAGGCGGCUGUGGUGGAUGGGAAGGUGAAGGUGGACGUCACGCUGGUGAAUAAGGCGGCUGUGGCGGCGUAUUUUGUGCGCCUUGAGCUGAGGGAUGGGAAGGGCGAGGAUAUCCUACCAGUGGUGUGGUCAGAUAACUAUGUUACGCUAUGGCCGGGUGAAAAGGUGGUGUUGAGUGUUAGUUGGGCGGCUGGAGAGGCGAAGAGUGGGCAGGGGAAGGUUGAUAUUUCGGGGAUUAAUGUCAAGGGUGUUGAGGCGGUGGCCGUGAAGUGGUAG